AUUUUUGAUUAAGAUUCAUUACAUAUUCAUUGCUCAAAAAUACACAAACUUUGUUUAUAUAACCCAAGCAAUAUUUGGUUUAAAGUUUAACUAUGGAACCAAUAACGAAGACUAUUAUUAAUACAAAAAGAAAUGUUUUUGAUGAAGAAAUUAUCAAACCUUGUAACAACACACUAUGCCAAGUAUGCUUUAAAAAUUAUUUUAAAUACACAUGUCCUCGUUGUGAAUUGUUAUACUGUUCUUUAAAUUGCUAUACGAAUCAUUCAAGGUUGUGCACUGAGGCAUUUUUUCAAGCACAAAUUGUUGACAGACUAUUAGCAACCAAGCCAUCAGAAGAUGAUAAAAGAACAUUUGAAAGAAAGUUACAAAAUUUUUAUUCCGAGUGGAAGGAAGACGAAAAUAAAACGGUUGAGCUAGCAAGGAAUGGAACGGCUGAAGACGUUUAUAAUUUUUUUACCGCGUCGUCCCACGGAGAGACAGAGGAAAAUGUCGAGAAUGAGAUUGGUAUAUCGGAUGAACGCAUAGAUAUACUCACGACAUUGUCGCAGCAAGAUGCAAUUCAGUUAACUGAUCUUACCCCGUGUGAAAAACAAAUGUUUUAUAGCUGGCUUAAACGAACGAAAGGAAGCGGUGCCGUUGAACCGUGGUUUCCUUGGUGGAAUGAAACAAUUGAGCCAUACGAAAAAAACCCGUUCCCAUCGCAUGAUUGUUGUUCCACAACGAAACCUAAUUUGGAAAGAAUACAAUACUCAAUUGUUCAAUUUUUAUUUGGUUUUUGCUGGAUUUUAAGACGAUUUAAUGGAGAUCUCGAAUCCAGUAACAUGCACGAUGUUCUUACGGAAUUCGGUACAUUCGCUCCUACAACAAUUCCUCCGGAAACAGCGCUUCAAACUGUGAAUCUUUUAUUAUCAAAUUCGAAAUCUAUUCUUUUAAAGUUCACGGAUGAUAGCUUUUCAUUUAUGAUUCUGUAUGAUGUAAUUUGUAUCCUUACUACAAAAUGGAAGACUAUAAGAGCACUGCAGGAGCUUUAUACUAUUAUUUACAAAGCUUAUUGUACUUCGCGGAAGGAGAAGGUUCUUUUUUUACUAUUGAUAGGUACGUUAGAUCUCAGCGCAUUAAAAGGGAUAUUAAGAAAAAUAAAACAGCACACCUGUGUGUGUUGGUAUCAUAUGUUUAAUGACCAAACAAGUACCUUUGAAAAGUCACCUUAUCGUCGACCCACAGAUCUUACUGAUAUUCCUUACAACAACAAAAACACAGAUUUAUGUAGCUUAGAAGCAGUCGAAGUACCAAAGUCAAUCAUUUUAUCUACAAAAGCAUCUGAAAACCUUUCAAUGAAUUUAGUUUUAUGUUCAGAAUUAAAGCGUAUUAUUUUUUUAAGAAAGACAACAGAUGAAUUAAAUCAAAGUACUUCAUAGAGAAAACAUAAAUUUAAAUAAAUAUAUAAUUAGGACCAGGAUGAAUGGAAUGGGCCACCUUGAACAUCGUUACGAUAAUAACCAUGAGCUCCGAAUGCGUCACGCAAGGCUUGUAUUAAGUUUGUACAA